CUUGAAACAAUUUUGAUGGAAUAUGAAAGCUAUUACUUUGUAAAAUUUCAGAAGUAUCCUAAAAUUACAAAAAAGGUCCUGGACACUGUAGAAAAGAAACAACAGCUGAGAACUGGAGGAAGACCAAGAAGGGCAUCAAGCUCUUCUCAGAAUCUCCCAAGGCUCAAACAUCAUCAGACAGUGCAACAACCAUUGUCAAAAACUUCACCUGGGAGUGCAAAUGAAUUUAAAUCAUCCACUAAGGAGAACCCCAAACAGAAUAAUGAAAAUGCAACUGCUCUGGAACAGUCCAGCUUUGGCUUAAGCAUAUCAGCAGUCAACAAAUCCGGAGGUGACAGCACUCACCCAAGAAGGGGCCAAGUAAUUGAUUUCUAUGGGAUGAUUCAGGAUGCUGUCAAAGUAUCAUCAAAUAGAAUAGCUUUGAACAACCUUAAUUGUGAUCCCGAUCCAGCUGAACGAUUAUUGAAACCCCUUAGUGCUUUCAUUGGCAUGACUGGUGAGAUGAAAGAACUUGCCAUGGUUGUAAGCAGAGAUAUUUACCUCCAUAAUCCAAAUGUGAAGUGGGAUGAUAUUAUUGGACUGGAUGCAGCUAAAAGGCUAGUGAAGGAAGCAGUUGUUUAUCCUAUAAGGUACCCACAGCUGUUUACUGGUGUUCUGUCUCCUUGGAAAGGAUUAUUGCUGUAUGGACCACCAGGUACUGGAAAAACUUUGCUUGCUAAGGCUGUUGCCACAGAAUGCAAUACCACCUUUUUCAACAUUUCAGCAUCCACCAUUGUUAGCAAAUGGAGGGGUGAUUCAGAAAAACUUGUCCGGGUGUUAUUUGAGCUUGCCCGGUACCAUGCUCCUUCCACAAUUUUCUUGGAUGAGCUGGAGUCAGUUAUGAGUCAAAGAGGCACAGUUUCUGGUGGUGAACAUGAAGGAAGUCGGCGGAUGAAAACAGAAUUACUGGUGCAGAUGGAUGGCUUGGCCCGAUCUGAUGAUCUUGUAUUUGUUUUAGCAGCUUCCAAUCUGCCAUGGGAGUUAGACUCUGCUAUGCUGCGGCGGUUGGAGAAGAGGAUUUUGGUUGACCUCCCAAGUAAAGAAGCACGUCAGGUGAUGAUCCAGCACUGGCUACCCCCUCUGAGCAGCAGCGGAGGAGUGGAGCUGAGAACAGAUCUGGACUACAGCUUGCUGGGCGAGGAGACAGAUGGGUACUCCGGCUCCGACAUAAAACUCGUGUGCAAGGAAGCAGCCAUGAGACCAGUGCGGAAAAUUUUCGAUGCUCUGGAAAAUCAUCAGCCAGGCAACAGUAACUUACCCACCAUCCGAUUAGACACGAUCACAACAGCGGAUUUCCUGGAUGCAAUCGCCCACACCAAGCCAUCAGCAAAGAACCUGUGCCAGAAGUACACAGCUUGGCAGAGAGAAUUUGAGUCAGUUUGA